UCUGCCUCUAGUCGUUCCUAUUUCUUUCCAAAUAGUUGUUCUAAGAUGACUAGACUUACCCCGAACAGUGUUGUUAGCGUAGGCAACAUGAGAAUGCCGAUUAUUGGUUUAGGGACAUGGAUGUCGACCCCAGAAGAAAUCGACAUCGCUUUGAACGCGGCAAUUGAUGCAGGUUAUAGACAUAUUGAUACUGCCUUCGCUUAUUUCAACGAAGCAGCAAUUGGGUCGUCACUUAAGAAGAUAUUCGAAAGUGGUAAAAUUACUAGAGAAGAACUUUUCAUAACCACAAAGUUACCAAUGCCGGGUAAUAGAUACGAAGAUGUUGAAGUCUUUCUGAAGAAGUCACUUGAAGACUUGCAGCUUGAUUACUUGGACCUAUACUUGGUCCAUUUUCCAGCAGGGAUGGUGAAUAAAGAUAUGUCAAAUAUUUUCCCUACCGAUGAUGACGGAAAACCUAUGAUAGACCGUAGUACCGAUCUUUUGGAGCUAUGGAAGGGUAUGGAAGCUCAAGUUGAUGAAGGUAGAACAAAAAACAUAGGUAUUUCUAAUUUCAAUAAAAACCAAAUUCAAAAAAUACUCGACAACUGUCGCAUUCGCCCAGCAAACCUUCAGGUGGAAUUGCACAUCAACCUCCAGCAGAAAGAGUUGGUAUCUUUCUGCAAAGAAAAUGGCGUGACUGUUGUCGCCUAUUCGCCGUUGGGAUCUUCUGGCUACAAAACAUUUUUGGAAAAAGGUGGCAUCUCAACUGAAGGAGCACGAGUUUUACAUCCCAUGGAGGAUCCUGUAAUAAAAGAAAUUGCGAAGAAUCAUAACAAACAGCCUUCCCAUGUCCUCUUGAGAUAUUUGAUUGAAUACGGAGUAGCAGUUAUUCCAAAAAGUACCAAUCCAUCCAGAAUCAAGAAAAAUUUUGAUAUUUUCGAUUUUAAAUUGACAGAAGAAGAAUUCGAAAAGAUAAGCGCUUUGGACCGCGGGGAAGGUGGAAGAAUAUUGGGUGGUCGAGGAAUGGUUGGAUUUUUUAAUUUACUUGAAGAUCACCCUGAGUAUCCAUUUCCAAAGUAAAUUUAAAUAUGAUUAUCAAAACAAUGUGCUCGGAGUGGUUUCACGAGAUCCCAUGUUAAAUGAGUUUGUAACUUAUGCACGUUUUUAAACGUUUAUUUGUAGUUAAAUCCAUUAAGUUGUUAGUUUAAUGAUUAUUAGUUAUAUUGAGUUCAUUAUUUAUCUGUGGUAAAACUCUUUAUCUAACCUUCCUAAGGACAGAGCUAUAAAAUAUUAAUGUUUUCACUUCUAUGAUAUGAAAUGUUUUAACCAAUAGUAUUGAUUUGUUAUUGUUUUUUCAAAAUAUUGGUCACCUAUGUAGUGUAAACUUAGCAAUAAAAAAGUUUUACCUAGUUUA